AUGAGUAGGCAACGGAUCUACGAUCCAAUGCUUGAAGAAGAAGAAGAAGAAGAAGAAGAAGAAGAAGAAGAAGGAGAAGAAGAAGAAGAAGAAGAAGAAGAAGAAGAAUUUUAUGGUUUUGGGGAUUAUGAAAAUACUCAUCGAAAAGAACCAUACGCUGAAGUGAAAAGAUAUAUGAUAUUGACAACAUUUUUAGACGAUAAUCCAUUUGCAUGUGUUUUCGAAAAAUUAGUUUUCUUUACUGAAGGCCCGACUCGAAAUAGUCUUUCCACCAAUCUGAACAUACGAGACCAUGUUGGAAAUACUCCCCUGCAUGUGGCUGCUGAACAUGAGUCUCUCGAUGCUGUUGAUUAUCUCCUACAAAGCGAUGUGGACACAAGCAUUUUGAAUGAGAAGAAACAAGCUCCAAUACAUCUGGUGACAGAACUUAACAAAGUCAAUGUACUGGAGGUAAUGAUGAAACAUAAAGAAAAGUUUGAUAUACAACAAGGUGGAGAGCACGGACGUACGGCCCUUCAUUUAGCAGCUAUCUAUGAUCACGAAGAGUGUGCUCGUAUACUUAUCACCGAAUUUGGGGCGUCUCCCCGUAAACCAUGUAAUAAUGGGUAUUAUCCCAUUCACGAGGCAGCAAAAAAUGCUUCCUCGAAGACAAUGGAAGUGUUCUUACAAUGGGGAGAAUCAAGGGGUUGCCCCAGGGAAGAAAUGAUUUCAUUCUACGAUUCUGAAGGAAACGUACCUCUUCACUCGGCCGUACAUGGAGGCGAUAUAAAAGCAGUGGAGUUGUGUCUUAAAUCUGGUGCAAAGAUUUCAACUCAACAACAUGAUUUGUCCACACCAGUACACCUAGCAUGUGCACAGGGCGCCAUUGAUAUUGUGAAGCUAAUGUUUGGUAUGCAGCCCCGAGAGAAAGUUCAGUGCCUGGCAUCAUGUGAUGUUCAAAAGAUGACUCCUUUGCAUUGUGCAGCCAUGUUUGACCAUCCGGAAAUUGUGGAAUAUUUAGUUAGAGAAGGAUCUGAUAUCAACCCACUGGACAAAGAGCGAAGGUCUCCCUUGCUUCUGGCUGCUUCAAGGGGAGGCUGGAGAACAGUUCACACUCUCAUUCGCUUAGGAGCUAACAUACAUCUGAAAGAUGUGAAUCAUCGCAAUGUACUUCACUUGGUUGUCAUGAAUGGAGGAAGAUUGGAAGAAUUUGCUGAUGAGGUGAUCAAGGCUCAGUCAAAAAUUAGUCUACUGCAGCUCCUUAAUGAAAAAGAUAACACUGGAUGUUCACCUCUGCAUUAUGCAAGCCGUGAAGGUCAUAUACGCAGCUUGGAAAACUUAAUACGCUUAGGAGCUUGUAUCAAUUUAAAAAACAAUAACAAUGAAAGUCCUCUGCAUUUUGCUGCAAGAUAUGGGCGAUACAACACUGUUCGUCAACUCUUGGAUUCUGAGAAAGGUACAUUUAUCAUUAACGAGAGUGAUGGAGAAGGUCUAACACCCCUUCAUAUAGCAUCACAGCAAGGACAUACAAGAGUUGUGCAAUUGCUCUUAAACAGAGGAGCGCUCUUGCACAGAGAUCACAACGGCCGUACUCCUCUUCAUCUAGCAGCUAUGAGCGGGUACACUCAGACAAUGGAACUUCUUCAUUCAGUUCACUCUCAUCUGCUCGAUCAAACUGACAAGGAUGGGAAUACAGCUUUGCACCUUGCUACAAUGGAAAAUAAACCAAAUGCUAUAGCACUACUUCUUUCAAUGGAUUGCAAGCUGAAGAACAAUGCAAUGGAUAUGAGUGCAAUAGAUUAUGCGAUUUAUUACAAAUUUCCUGAGGCUGCUUUAGCGAUGGUGACACACGAAGAAAGGGCACAAGAAGUAAUGGCACUAAAAUCUGAUAAACAUCCCUGUGUGACAUUAGCUCUCAUUGCUUCAAUGCCCAAAGUCUUUGAAGCUGUUCAGGAUAAAUGUAUCACCAAAGCAAACUGCAAGAAAGAUUCUAAAUCUUUCUACAUCAAGUACAGCUUCACGUGCCUUCAGUGCCCAGCAAUGUAUGCACAGAUGAAUCAAAGAACUGGAGAAGUGCUCCUCAUAUCAAAGCCGAUACCUCUCCCAGCUCUUAAUGCAAUGGUUGCACAUGGACGAGUGGAAUUACUGGCUCAUCCUUUGAGUCAAAAGUAUUUACAAAUGAAGUGGAAUUCUUAUGGAAAGUAUUUUCAUCUGGCCAAUCUUCUUUUAUACAGCAUAUUCUUAGCAUUUGUCACAUUUUUCUCAGCACAACUCAUGCAAAUAUAUAAUGAUGAGUUAAAAAUGUAUCCACUAAAUACAACAAUUGGAUCACUUACUAGUAAAAGACUAGUCCAUCAACAAUCAAACAUCGCAACAUCCAUGUUGUACAUGAGUGCUGUAGCAAUACUGACAUAUAUAGGCCUCAAUACUUUAAGAGAGUUAAUACAGUUGUAUCAACAAAGAUGGCGGUAUUUGCUUGAUCCUAGCAACCUCGUGUCCUGGUUGUUAUAUGUUUCAUCUACCAUUAUGGUGACACCAAUGUACUCCGAAACCUUUGGAAAUAUGCAAUUGUCCAGUGCUUCUCUGACAGUUUUCCUCAGCUGGUUCAAUCUUCUUCUGUACUUACAAAGGUUCGAUCAAGUGGGAAUAUAUGUCGUCAUGUUUCUUGAAAUUCUACAAACGCUCAUAAAAGUACUGUUUGUGUUUUCUAUAUUAUUCAUAGCAUUUGGACUGGCAUUUUAUAUUCUUCUCUCCCAGGGGAAUCACUUAUCCUUCAAGAAUGUGCCCAUGUCACUGUUGAGAACAUUUUCCAUGAUGUUAGGAGAAAUAGAUUUCUUGAAUACUUACGUUCACCCCUUCUAUCGUGAGUGGACAGAAGUGGACGGAAAGGCAUUACCAUUUCUACCCUUCCCACUUCCAGCCUUCAUAAUUUUAGGGUUGUUCAUGGUACUGAUGCCUAUUCUGCUCAUGAAUCUGCUCAUUGGUUUGGCAGUAGGAGACAUUGAAUCAGUAAGGAGGAAUGCUCAGCUUAAACGCUUGGCUAUGCAGGUUGUGCUUCAUACUGAAUUGGAAAGAAAACUGCCACGUAUGCUGCUUGACAAAGUGGAUAAGAUGGAAUUAAUUGAGUAUCCUAAUGACAACAAAGGAAAACUAGGAUUCUUGGAUGCAGUCCUGAGAAAAUGGUUCUGUAAUCCGUUUUCAGAAGAUGGUUUAGAGAUGGUCCUCGAAAAUAAUGAUGAUUAUAUAACAGAAGAAUUAAGUAAGCAAAAAAGGCGUUUGAAGGAAAUCUCUUCUGUGCUGGAUUCCCAACAUCUACUUCUAAGAUUAAUUGUGCAGAAAAUGGAGAUUAAGACGGAGGCCGACGAUGUUGAUGAAGGAGUUUCACCUAAUGAAAUUCGACCUCUCCUUGGAGUAGCCAACAAGUGGACGUCACCAAGAGUUCGGAAGAAGCUAAGAACCGCUUUGAGCUUCUCCAAAGCAAAUCCUUCAUAA